AUGAAUUCACUAGAGCAGAAGAAUUUAUCAUCUAUUGAUUCUGUCAUUAGCAAUGAUGAUCUUGUCACCGAGAUUCUAUUGCGUUUGCCUGCAAAAUCCGUCCUGAAAUUCAAGUUAGUUUCCAAGAAAUGGCUCACCAUCAUCUCUGACUCCACUUUUGCUAUGCGCCACACCCACCUAAAUCCUCACAACACCUCUGCUUUUCUCCUCAAACUUUCAUUUUUUUUCAAGCAACCACCAAGUUACAAACGGGUUUCUCUUCUUGGGCAAUCACUAGCUAAUGUUCCACUUCCUUCUGAUUUUCUUCAUUUUGACCCCAAUAAGCCGGGAAGGACUUAUAUUUGCCAGUCCAGCAAUGGGUUGCUUUUGUGCUCUAAAUGGAGACGGUAUUCUGCAGAGAGAUCUGGACCAACAUAUUAUGUAUACAAUCCUACUGCAAGACAAUUUGCAGUGCUACCUUCACCUCCAGGCCAUGGGUUCCGUUUUAAUUGGAUUCAACUGGUGUUUGAUCCUUCGAAAUCCCCUCACUACCAGGUUGUCUGCACUCACUUCUUUAACUCAAAGCUUGAAAUUCAGGUAUACUCAUCUGAGACCAAGGGUUGGAAGAUCUCUGUGAAGCAAGAAAAUUUUGAUUCUUUAUAUGUGAAAUUCGCAAAUGGUGUUUUUUGGAAUGGUGCUAUUCAUUGGAUUAGUCUUAUGGGGAAUGGUUUCAGUUUCCUGCUCGAUAAGGAAUACCUCCAAACAAUUCCUAGGCCACCACUUCCUGAAAAUUGGCAGACUCAGAAUUUCGGGUAUUUUGGGGCGUCUGCAGGCCAUUUGCAUUUUAUUGGUUUUGUGGCUGGCAACAAGAAUCCUGAUGAUUUGAACAUGGGUAUUAGCUCCCCCACUAUGUCUACUGACCAAAUGGUAAACAGCAGCAGUGCCAAUAUCUGUAACGAUGAAACCAUAGUAGUUUAUGCCAUGGAGAAAGGCUGCUCAAAAUGGUUCGUUAAGUGCUGUCUACAUUUGGAUGCCAUUGUAAUGGCGUGUUCUGAGAUAAUAGAGGAUCCUACCCUAUCACCAUUUUCCGUGAAGGUAUUGUCAUUUAUUGAGGGAAACAAUGAGACAGGGCCAUUGCUGGUGAUGAAAGUCCCUGGUAAGAUCAUGUCUUACAGCUUCAAAGACAAAUCAUUCAAGAAUAUUUUCAGGUUUGCUCCUUUCAGGCGUGCUUCCUGCUAUGCUUUCAACUACGUUGAGACACUAGCUUGGGUCUAA